AUACAUAGCAUACACAUACUCGUAACAGACACGAACUACAGUUACUGCGAACGCAUUUCCAAUUCCCAUACUAAGUCAGUCGUUACCUGACCAGCCGGCAUGGAGCACGCAUAUUCGCUCAUCGUUAUAACAUUGUUACAACUAUGCCUAGCAGAAAUACCAAACGCCGCGCCAAGAUGGUACGCAGUCAACCUCAUCAACGACUCCAACUAUUCACCGAAGCCAAUUACUGAAAUAUUCUCGCAAAACACAUUUCCUCCGGACAACCAAGUGAUUGUCUUGCAAUCAACGCAGUCGCCAAUAACACAAGAUAUUUUGGGAACAACUCCGCCCACCACACGGAGUACGGGACCAGGAAAUACUCAGAGCACGUCGUACACGCAAACCCAAUUCCCUAGAAUAUUUUCGGAUCAAAAUAUCCAAAGUUCAACGCAAGAUCCAUCCACGCAACUAACUCAGUCCACAAUCCCGUACCAAACAACAAACUUACGUGCAGAUCUAACGAGUAUUUUAGGAAAUUAUCAAACAAGUCAAAGUCAGAGCUACUCGCCAUUCCAAACGACUCCACCAACAGUGGCUGUAACGCCAUCUACAGUACAAACAUGGCUGCCCACUCAAUCAACCACUCCACCUCCGUUACCUACUAGUGACUUUACUACUCUAUCUACAACUCCACCGCCUAUCCCACUACUAGAUAGACAAACAUACAGUACAUUACCGCCGUAUGUACCUACCAUAAGAUCGAACAUUCCUUUUAAUCAACAACAAGGACAAGCAAUUGGCAGAGCGAGACCUUGCGACUUGAAUGGAGUGAGACCUAAUCCAAUUUACAAUGCAUCGUCUCCUACUCUAUUGAGCCCUAUCCCAAACAAACCCGUCCUUACAAUACGUUUGAAAGCUCCGAGAGGAUCUAUCACAAACCUGCACAUCAACCCAAGUACGACAACCACAACUAAAAGGCCUACAACGACUAGAAGAAGGAAGUCGCCAAAGGGCAGAAAUGACUAUGAGAUAUGCUUGGAUUCAUGCAAAGGCAGAAAGGAUCCCAUUUGUGCCAGUCCGUUGGGAGUGUUUCCUAUCGAUUCUAAUACCUUAAAAGGAUUCCCGUCUCUAUGUCACAUGGCCUGCCACAAUUCUUUUAGAAAACUACCAUCAUACGACAAAGUAGCAGAUGGGCGUUGCGGAAGAUUACGAACACGCAUCCGCACCGUUGAAAAGAACAAAAUAAAGAGAGAAGACUUAAACAAAGCCCAGUACACAGUCUCACAUUCCGGACCCGAAACUGUAGUAGAAUUCUCUUCUUUGAAACGUUAAGUAUUUUAUAUUUAGUUUAUUAUAAGGUAAACGUUAUGUACAUUUUUGUUUAGUUGUACGAGAUUUAAUUCGAAGAAUUUACGUACUAUACACAACUAGACUCUCUACUAUCGUAUAUCAGAAGAUCGUCAAAAAAUAUCCAAAUGGCGUUGUGAACAUUGAAAUUUGCGCCUUAUUUCGUGGCAGUAAUGUUCAAAAUCUAUUGUAUAGACUAUAGAUCAAUAGAAAACUGCGUAAUAGAUGCGUAGGCAGUUUUGUUUCGGACAAAUAUUGUGAUUGCAAGUUUAGUUGUUUAUUGUAUGUUAAAUAUUCGAAGUUAAGGCCCUUGACACAUGUUAGAUUAGUGCCAGUCUAUACGUACAAACAACGACGGUUAGGGCCAACGAUGCUUUAAGUCACUUUUACUCAUUUUCUCUUAUAUACCGACAUAAAUUAUAAUUCCUUUCAACAAAGGCUGACUUUAAUGUAGGAGUAGUAAUAACAUAAACCUCAUAACGUUUUUAUAUAUACUUAUAAUGCCUGAUGAUACGCCAUGUUAAGUUCUAAAUUUCCACAUACUUUGAUAGACACAAUUUUAUAAAAACAUAGUAUAAAAUUGAACAUCCCAGUCUUCAAGUAUGUCGAAAUUUGUAAAAAUUCAAUAAAAUAUAUUUAACGUAGGCUAGAAUUAAAACGUGAUGACUAAUCCGUCCAUUUUUAAGGUAUUUUGUAACAUUUAUAAUAUAAAAAUGUUAAAUAAAAAAAUUACAUACAAACAAAUAGUUUUAUUUGCACUUAAUUAUUUAUACUAUGUCUAUUGUCUAUGGAAACACGAAUUUGUUAUAUUCAGUCUAGUAUUUUAAUCAUAAUAGGAUAUUAAUAUUGGAUAUUUACUAUACUUUAUAU